CAGUUUUCUGUGAAGGGUCCUGCUGAGCCUAUCGUGGUCUCACUUGGGGCAGACGCCACUCUACCCUGCCAGCUGUCCCCUGAGCAGAGUGCCGCCGGCAUGCACAUCCGGUGGUACCGAGCGCAGAUCUCCCCGGCGGUGCUGGUUUUCCAGGACGGACAGGAGCACAGUGAGGAGCAGAUGCUGGAGUACCGUGGCAGGACCCAGUUGGUGACCGACUCCAUUGACACGGGGAGUGUGACCCUGCUGAUACAGAAUGUCCGGGCCUCUGACGAUGGCCAGUACCGGUGUUAUUUUAGAGACGGUGACAUCUCGCGAGAGGCCACUGUGGAGUUGAAUGUUGAAGGCCUGGGCACGGUCCCUCGUGUUCACAUGACGGGGCCUGAGGACGGUGGGAUCCGAGUGCUGUGCUCCUCAGAAGGCUGGUUCCCAAAGCCAACGGUGCAGUGGAGAGACAGCGCGGGCGGGAAGCUGCUAUCGCCGCCAGAGUCUCAGACCCAGGACGGCGAUGGGCUCUUCCAGGUGGAGGCUUCUCUCGUAGUCAAGGACAGCUCCUUGGGCAAUGUGACCUGCUCCAUCCAGAAUCCCCUCUCCCGUCAGGAGCUCGCAUCAGCCAUCUUCCUCCCAGAGCCCUUCUUCCCCAGGGUGUCUCCGUGGAAAGCCGCCCUGGCUUGGACGGUCCCUGUGCUGAGUCUCCUCCUCGUUGGGAUCAGCUACAUUGGCUGGAGAGAACGUCAAGCCAAAGAGGAGGAGAUAAAGAGAAGUGAAAGAGAAGCUAAAGAAAGAGAUAGGGUGAAGAAGGGAAAAGAAGAGGCAUUUAAGAGCAAAGAAAGCCUCAAAAAAGAGCUCGAAGAGCGGAAGGAACUGUACCUUCAAGAUUGGAAGAAGGCCCUGCUGUAUCCUGACUGGAGAAAGGAAAAGUUCCAGGCUGCUGUGGUGACUAUAUAUAAUGAAAGGCUUUCUGAGAACAAUUCUGGAACAGAAGGAAAAGAGAACCACAGGAAGGAGUCACAGAAUCUCAUCUCAGUGGAGCAAAGAUAUUUCACAUCAGGGAGACAUUACUGGGAGGUGGACAUUAAGGAUGCUGAUGAGUGGACACUAGGCAUUUUUGAAGAAAAUACGGUUAAGAAUGCAUCAUCUAGCGAACCAUCAAAGAAAAAAUUCAGAGUCUUAGAGAAGAAGCGAGGUACAUACCGGGCUCUUGGCUACUGUUUCCAAGACAUUUUUAAAGAGGAGACUCUCCAUAUAGAAAAGGAUCCACAAAAGAUUGUGAUUUUCUUAGAUUAUGGGGAUAGUGAUGUUUCUUUCUAUGACAUAGAUAGUGGUGACCACAUCUUUUCCUUCACUGAACCCAGCUUCUCUGGAUCACUGUAUCCUUACUUCAUUCAUAAACCCGUGGAGUUCUCCGUAUGUGCACAGCCCACUGACUGACUUAGAGGCAGAUCUCACACAAAUGCUGCAGCCCAGGACUCCAGUCCUGAUCAGUGACCCCAGGCACCACUGAGCAUGGGGUCUCCACGGGUACUCAUGGAUAGAGAUUAUUACAUAAAAAGUGGUAUUCCUUGAACAAUCUGCAGAGAAGA